AAAUUGUUAUAUCAAAUAAUCAAACAGAAGCGGCGCGUGUCUAAUUUAUUAGUCCCAAAUUAAGAAUAACUAUAAUAAAAUGGUUGAAAAUAACGAGGUUGAACUAUCUGCAGCUGAAGCAGAACAAUAUGACCGCCAGAUCCGACUGUGGGGACUAGAAUCUCAAAAAAGAUUACGCGCUUCAAAGGUUUUAAUUAUCGGCAUGUCAGGUUUGGGUGCCGAAAUAGCGAAAAACAUUAUUUUGUCUGGAGUUAAAAGUGUUUGUCUAUUGGAUGAUGAGAAACUAAAAGAAAUAGAUUUAUACUCUCAGUUCUUAGCUCCACCUGAUAAGAUUGGUGAGAAUAGAGCGGAAAGUUCCUUGCAACGAGCGAGGGCUUUGAACCCAAUGGUUGACGUUACCGCUGAGACAAAAUCAGUCGAAGCGUUGCCUGAUGUUUUCUUUACCACAUUUGACAUAGUUUGCGCAACUGGCUUGAAACAGGAACAGCUAGAACGUGUAAACAAUAUUUGCCGUGACAGCAAUAAGAAAUUUUUGUGCGGUGAUGUAUGGGGUAUGUUUGGAUAUAUGUUCGCCGAUUUGAUCGAUCAUGAAUAUUCAGAAGAAAUAGUUCAGCACAAACCUGUGAAACGAGGUCCCGAUGAUUCAGAAAAAAGUGCAAGGGAAACUGUCAGUAUUACUGUUAAGCGCAGAGCUAUCUAUGUUCCAUUACAGAAUGCUCUGUCUGCUGAUUGGACUAAACCCGAAUUGCGUUCAAGGUUGCGACGUGGUGACCCAUCUUAUUUUGUAAUGAAGAUACUUCUAAGGUUCAGAGAUGAAUUCAAUAGAAAUCCUGAUCCCGCUAAGAGAAAAGCAGAUACUGAAGUAAUAUUCCAAAUGAGGGAUGAACUUGUAAAAGAAUUGUCUAUUCCUGUUGGAUUUAUAAGUGACGAAUUGUUAACGGACGUAUUUGGAAUAGUUUCGGGAGCAUCUGCUGUGCUUGGAGGGGUAAUUGGUCAGGAAGUAGUGAAAGCAGUGAGUCAGCGAGAGCCACCUCAUAACAAUAUGUUUUUCUUCAAUCCAGUUAAAUGUGUUGGCUUUGUAGAAUUGUAUGGUCAAUGACUUAAAUUUUGUGUAUUUUAUAAUGACAAGUUCAAAUAAAUACUCUUAAAUUAA